AUGAAUCUGCUAAGGGUUUCCAAAUUCUCGACAAGAAAUAAAAACCGGGUUUACAUAGAUCAUAUAUGAUGACCAAUAAGAUCAUUUUAACUCUUAAGAAACAUUUACGAUCAUAAUCUUCAGAGUAGUGAAAUUGAAGUUGAGGUCUAUGAAUUAUGUAACUCUGAGAAGCUUUCAAGGAGGAUGGGAAUAAGCGUGGAUUCCGACCAAGUAGGUAAUGAUGGAGGCAAAAGAAAGAGAAAGAGUUAGAUGGGGAGAGAGAUACCCUACAUACACAUUUAAGAUACACCUGCAAAAAGAAGCUAUAAACUAAUUAUUAAUUAAAAAGAAAAAGGAAUUUCUUCUGAGAAAAGGGAAAAAACAGCAAGAUAAUUGCUUUUUGCGGGUGGCACUUGAAAUCAAAUGUUGAAUCUUUUUAGGGUUUAUCAGUGCAUCCUUGGUUUCAUCCUUGUCAUCUCCAUCUUCAUAUCACUUUUUCAAGAAAUAAAGAUGGCAGCCGAGCUAGUCAAUGCUGCAACAAGUGAGAAACUGUCCGAAAUUGAUUGGAUGAAAAAUAUUGAAAUCUCUGAAUUAGUUGCUCGUGAUCAAAGGAAAGCUAAAGAUGUUGUCAAAGCUAUUAAAAAGAGACUUGGUAACAAGAACCCCAAUGCUCAACUUUAUGCUGUCAUGUUGCUGGAAAUGUUGAUGAACAACAUAGGAGAUCAUAUUAAUGAGCAGGUGGUUCGUGCAGAAGUUAUUCCUAUUCUUGUGAAAAUUGUAAAGAAAAAGUCAGAUUUGCCUGUCAGGGAGCAAAUAUUUCUCCUACUAGAUGCAACACAAACAUCUCUUGGCGGUGCUUCGGGAAAAUUUCCGCAGUAUUAUAAGGCAUAUUAUGACUUAGUGAGUGCCGGGGUACAAUUUCCUCAAAGAGCUCAAGUUGUCCAAUCAAAUCGUCCUAGUUUACAACCAAAUACGACUAAUAAUGUACCAAAAAGAGAGCCAUCCCCACUUAGACGUGGAAGGGUUGCUCAGAAAGCAGAAUCCAACACUGUUCCUGAAUCUAGAAUUAUCCAAAAGGCUAGUAAUGUAUUGGAAGUUCUAAAAGAAGUUCUUGAUGCUGUUGAUGCCAAACAUCCUCAGGGAGCAAGAGAUGAAUUCACCCUUGACCUUGUUGAGCAAUGUUCAUUUCAAAAGCAGAGGGUAAUGCAUCUUGUGAUGGCUUCUAGAGACGAGAGGAUAGUUUCCCGAGCAAUCGAAGUGAAUGAGCAACUUCAGAAAGUUCUAGAGAGACAUGAUGACCUUCUUUCUAGCAAAGAUACAACAACUGUGAAUCACUUUGACCAUGAAGAAGCAGAGGAGGAGGAAGAACCUGAACAGUUAUUCAGAAGAUUACGCAAAGGAAAAGCUUGUGUAAGGCCUGAAGAUGAAGAAACUAAACCUCAGUUCCCUCAAUUGAGUUUACUUGAAGAGAGACUCAACCGUCCACUAAUAAGACCACUCUCUUUGGAACCAUCUCAAGAAGCUAAUGGUUGUCUUGUACCUGCCAUUGUUCCUCCUCCAAGUGCAAAACACAAUGGGGAGCUUCCUCCUGUUGCAAUUCCGCCGCCACCUUUGAAGCACGUCGAGAGAGAAAAAUAUUUUCAGCAUAAUAAGGACAGUGGCACUUUGGCUAGCCACAUCAGAGGCCUCUCUUUACAUAGUCGCAAUGGCAGUAGUUCAGAGUGGAAGCUUUGAUUUUAGCGAUUGAUUUCUUAACAGAAGAAUCUCCUUUUUGACUUUUUUUUUAUCCUAGGUUUUGCCUUUAAAACUUUGGUGUUGGGAAUUUAAGUUUUUAGGGUUUGGUUGGGGGUGUGAAUUAACAUAUGCUUCAGCUGGUAAAUGCAGUAAUAAGGAGCUUUCUGAGAUAAUUGACCAUGCCUCGAGGUUUAGUAUGUUCCAGAUGCUAUUGUGAACAAGGCUUUUUCUUUUCUUUUACAAGGAAGAGGGAGCUAUAUUUUCUUAUCUCCACUUAAUUUUCCAUAAA